CCUGCUUGUUACUAAGAAAAGAAAAGAUUUCACUGUGGACGCUCUACUACUAGUUCAUAUUUGACUUGAGGUAAUGUUAAUUUCAUUUUUUAUCUUUUUUAAUUUUCAACUAAUUGUUUUAUAGUAUUUGAAAAUACUGUAAAACUGAAAUAUUCUGUCCUGCUGGACUGACUUAAUUUUUUUUUUUAGGAAUCCACAGUAUGUGCCCAGGACACUAACCAGUGAAGACAGGCAAGAAAUUCUCCAUAGCAGUGUGUCCAAUGGCAUUGUAACCCUUGAAAUAAGUGCCUUUUAAUUGUUGGCACACCUUGUGGGUCUUGGGGAAAUACCUGAUGAACCUGUUGGAAGAUGUCCUUUGCAGCACCAGAAUGAACACAUUUGUCUGCAGAGCAGAUUCAGGGUGUUGAAAAAAACUCACAUGAACCCAGUGUUGAAGUCUACACACUGAGCCUGAACAAAGUCUGAUAACCUUGGGGUGAACUUUGCCCUGGUCCAGGUUUUCCCACUGUUGAUGAUGGCAUAGUCCCCAGCCCAGUAAAUCUCUUCAUGAAAACCUUCAGUAAAUAAAAAUGGCAAAAUCUCACACAGGAAAACAUUGAUGAGUACCUGAAAAGUGGCAAGCAGAAUGAGGAUUCCCCAUGGUGACUUCCACAGAGCCAUUGGCAACCCUGACAUGAGUAGUAAUCUUUGAACAAAUGCCCAAAUCUGGUUUCAACUGAGACAAGUUUGCUACACUGGGGUGGGAAGGGUCUAGUGACACUGGUUGGCAACCUUGUGGAGGUUUCACAUGAAUUGGAGAUGGUUGUUGAUGAUGAGGAAGAUCUUUGAAGGUCAUUAGGACCAACAUGGACACCAGAAACAAUCCCAAGAUGGACCAGAGCAGGGCUUUAUUGCUUGGGAGCAUGAUUCUGACCACUUGUGUGAGACCACAGAAAGUUUGCAGCUUUCUCAAUUUUUCCCACCCCUUUUCCUACUUUUUGAGUUUACCAAACUUUUUCCUUUGUCUACUUUCCCACCCAACUUCAGAGUUUUUUUUUUUUCUCCUUUUUCUUUGUAUAUUGGUCAUGAUGGAGAAGCAGUGGAGGAUGAGUGGAGGGUCUUCCAGGUGCAAACCAAGUGUACCAACUGUGGACUCACAGUCCAUUUUGGACCAUUUCAAGUGCAGCAGCUGCAAAUUGAUCAUGUUGCCACCUUUGCCCCAGUGCAAGAGGGGACAUCUGGUGUGUCUGGACUGCAGACACAAGUCUGGGGCUUGUCCAGCCUGCCAAGGCCCACUGAGUGGUGAAAGAAACAUGGCCAUGGAACUAGUGGCUGAGUCUGUGGCAUUUCCUUGCAAGUACCCAGGUUGUGGAGAGUUUGUCCAGUUGGGAUGCAAGAAGAAACAUGAGGAUGGUUGCAGUUUCCAGCCCUUGGUGUGUCCUGUGUGCUGUGUGGGGGUGACUGGACUGAGUCAUGGGCUGUUUGAGCACAUGGAUGAGUGUCAUCCUAAGAGACUGAGGAUGAAGAACCCCUUUAGGAUUUGUUUGCAGAUGCAGACCCUGAGGGAGCUGACCAGGAAGAACAGGGAUUUCAGAGACUCCAUUGCACUUCAGGUGGACCUCAAGGCUUUCAUAUUCACCUCACAUUAUCUGAGGAAGGGUCGGUUGGUGGCGGCUUCCUUGGCAUCCAGGCGUGGCCUGUUCCCGGGCGAGCUGGUUCAAUGUUCAGCUCUGGGGCGAGCCACAGAGCCCAGGUGCUUGUGUGACGAGUGUUGGGGGGGGGGGGAGAGGAGAAGAACGCGGCCAGAAGGGCUCUGUGACAGGGUCGGCCGGCGCAGGCCGCAAGAACAUCAGUUCGCCUGCGCGACCCGUCGAAGAAGGUCGCUUGCGAGUUAUGUUCACGUGAUAGACAGUGACAUGUUCCGGUUUGUGGAUUUGUAUUAUUUACGACGCGGAUUCCAUCAUCCUGUUGGUAAUGACGAAGAUGGCUUUUGA